UCGCCUAUAAGUGGAACGGCACCGGUCCGCCAUGUGAGCAGAACACCAGCUCGCGAGAGGAGAUACAUACUCCUACUCUCCAAGCUCCCGAGGUGUAGGAAAUAGGAGCUGCUGGCUAAGUACGAGGUUAAUUACGAGGCGAGGGGCCGGGAUAACCAGAGAUGGUGAUCGAUAGGCGGAGCGUGCAGCGCGCCGCGCUGGUCGUCCUGCCGCUGGUGCUCUUCGUCGCGGCGCGGGCUGUCUCUGCCGUCGGCGAUGGUCCUCUGCAGAACGGCAACUUCGAGGACUCGCCAGACCAGUCCCAGAUGAGCGGCUCGGUGGUGGCCGGGGAGCACGCGAUCUCCGGCUGGAAGACGUCCGGCCACAUCGAGCUCGUAUGCUCGGGCCAGAAGCAGGGGGACAUGGUCCUGACGGUGCCGGACGGCGCGCAGGCCCUGCGGCUGGGAGCCGGCGCCUCCAUCGAGCAGCAGAUCAGCGGCCUCACGCAGGGCUCGUACUACUCCCUCACGUUCGCCGCGUCGCGCACCUGCUCCCAGGACGAGACGCUCAGCGUGACGGCCGCCCCCGCGCCGUCCGGCGCCGGCUCCCCGGCGCCGGCCCAGACCGGCGAACUCCCCAUGCAGACGGUGUACACCAGCAUCGGCUGGGACUCCUACUCCUGGGCCUUCAGGGCGGAGGGCGCCGGCCUCAUGUCCGUCGUAAUCACCCACAACUGCGGGCAGGAGGAAGACCCCGCGUGCGGCCCCAUCGUCGACGCCUUCGCCAUCAAGGCGCUCCACGACCAGCCGCCUGACCAGGCGGCGGCGGACAACAACAUGCUGCGGAACGGGGGCUUCGAGGAGGGCCCGUACAUCCCGCCGGGCUCGCCGUGGGGGGUGCUGGUGCCGCCGGUGGACGAGGACCCCGUCUCCCCGCUGCCCGGGUGGAAGGUCAUGGCGUACAAGAAGUCCGUCAGGUACGUAGACUCGGCGCACUUCGCGGUGCCGCGCGGCGCGCGCGCCGUGGAGCUCGUGUCCGGCGUCGAAGCCGCGCUCCUGCAGGAGGUGGACACCACCGUGGAAGGGAGCUGGUACAGGCUCGAGUUCUCGGCCGGGGACGCCGCCAACGGCUGCGCCUCGUCGUCUGAUGGUUCCUCGUCGUCCGGGAUGAAGCUCAAGGCGUACGCCGGGACGAGUGAAACCACCGUGGACAUCGAUUUCCGCGGCGCUGGCGGUUCCAACCGAGGGAAGAUCGAGUUCAGGGCCGCCGCGAGCCCCACCAGGGUGGUGUUCGUCAGCCUGGGCUACCACACCAAGUCCGACAACAGCGGCACGCUCUGCGGGCCCGUCGUAGACGACGUCUCGCUCGUCCCCAUACCGCCGCCGUAUGCUCGCCGGCUGCUUCUCUAGGCGUAACAUAAAAACUUGCUUUGCGCCCGGCUAUACUGAUGCUGCGUCAUUUUUUCUUGUAGAAGUACCCAUGCUACUUGGGUAAUGGACAGUGUGAAUGUGCUGGUUUACUGGCUCAUUUUGGCUUAUCUUUUGAACUAGUAUAUUGAGCUAUUUAAAUUCAUACCCUUAGUUUUACUACCUUCCUCAUUUUUAUCCUUAGGAGUUAGGACACCAUCUUAAAAAACCGUAUAUUUAUUCGUGUUCAUGC